UAGAAACAGAUUUUUGUUUUCCUGUGGACAAUGAUUAGUUUUGUCUGGGUUUAAUACUAAUUAUAGUUGUCUUUUUGCUUUUACAUAACUUGUCGACAUGGGUUAGAGGAUUUCUUUCAGAAGCAGAAGCUUGGAUAACUCUAUCCCAUUAUCUACAGCUCUGUACAUUGCUGUGAGCAUAAUAGUGGUUUGAGUGUGCUUGAUAAAGACGACGAAUCUUGCGAUAUGCUUAUCGGCUGUUUUGACAAACUCUUUUGUUAUCGUUCAGUUGCGUGCAACAUUCGAAUCUCCAGCCACAGUACAUGCCUAGGAGUCGCUGACUUGAUCAGGCGAGCCGUAUAAAACUGCACGAACUGCACAAGCGCUGCUGUACAGGAGGACUCUAAAUCAGAUUGCUGUGUUGUGGAACGUUAGAAGUUUCAGUUAUCACGUGAAUCGGUACGAAAAUGAAGGUCCUGCUCCUUAUUGCUGCGGUUUGCCUGGCGUCGGUCUACGGGAAGAGCGUCCACUUUAAGGACUGUGGCUCGAAGGGUGGUCAAAUUCAGCAAGUAAUCAUUACUCCCUGCGAUAAGGAACCGUGCACGUUCAAGCGCGGUGAUACCGUAUCCGUGGAGGUUGAUUUCCAGGCCUCGGUGAAAUCGGCUAACGCCACCUUCCAAGCCUCCGCCGUCAUUUUCGGUGAGACUAUCCCCUUGGCGCUGCCCCAGCCGGAUGCCUGUGAGCUGCCCAACACUAAAUGCCCUUUGACGCCCGGAACCAAAUACGAACCCACCGAGCAGGUGCAGGUUCCGCAAGACGUUCCUCCGAUCUUUAUUCCAUUCCCUCUGCAAGUGCAGCUUAUUGGUGAUAACAGCCUGGUUCUUUUGUGCGGAGAGAUCAAUGUCAAGAUUCAGUAAAUAGUACUGAAUGGUUGUGCACUAGUGACUAAUCUAUGGCAGCAUUUAUAGUACGCCUUUGAUUUUUUAUAUUGACUUGAUAAAAACUGACUUUGACAUAGCUGUGAUGUUGAUGCACGUGACGACAAAAAGCCUAUGGAAAAUUCACUUGCCUGGAAUUGAGCUAUGAGCAGAAAACAGAAGGAAAAUAAAAACAAAUGAAAAUAA